UCGUAUGCAGCGCUGCGCUGCUGACAAUUGUUAUUGAGAAGAUAAGUGUCUUUUUAUUUAUUUUACUAGUUAAACGGUAUUACAAUAAAUGUAUGUGAUUUAAAUGGCAGCAUAAUGACACGUGAUGAACACAUUAAAUGGUUUCACGGCCGCUUGACACGCGAAGACGCCGAUGAUUUCCUUAAACAAGGUUACGAGGAUGGGACAUUCCUGGUGCGCGAGAGCAGCACAGCAGCUGGUGAUUUUGUGUUGAGUCUGUUGUUUCAGGGCGAGGUCUGUCACUAUCAAAUAAGACGUCAUGGCGAGGAUGCCUUCUUCUCCAUUGAUGACAAUGGCCAGACAAAGAUAUUACAUGGCCUCGAAACGCUCGUUGACUAUUAUCAGCAGGAGCCCAAUGGCCUUAUCACUAAGCUAACGGUGCCGCUGCCUGGCGAUCCGCCGCCUCACAACACUCGCAGUCAGGGCGUGACUAAUCUGCUGCAUCGUGCCACCAGCAAGAACGACAGCAAAGUGGUCUUUGAGCUGCUCAAAUGCGGCUAUCGCAAUUUCGAUGCCAAGAAUCAGGAUGGACAGACGGCGCUUCAUCUGGCCGCGCUUCAUUGCAACGAGGACACUCUCAAAUUACUAUUGGACGCGGGCGUUCAAGUGAACAGCGCAGAUUCCUUUGGUUGUCAGCCACUGCAUUACGCCUGCCGCCAGAAACCCGCCAGUUUUAUACGCACGCUUAUUGCCGCCCAGGCGAAUGUUGAGGGCAGAAACAUUGAGAAUGGAUAUGUGCCAUUGCACGAGGCGGCCAAACAUGGUAAUCUUGAAGCGGUCCAGGUGCUGCUCUCCGCCCAAGCUCCGCUAUUGCCACGCACCAGUUCCGGCGAGUUUCCCUUUGAUCUGGCCAAGGAAGCGGGUCAAACGGCCGUCGAGGAGUUUCUGCUGAAUUACAAACUGCCGCCGGCGAAUAGCAGUCGCGAGAGCUGGUAUCACAGCACCCUGAAACGCGACGAGGCCAUCGAUAUACUCAUGCAAUUCGCCAGUCAACUGCAGCGCAAGCAACUCGCAUUGGGACAGACGGUGGACACUUCCGGCUGCUUUCUGGUCCGCUACUCCGAGUCGCCGGCCGCCUCGGGCUAUGUGUUGACCCUGCUCAGCGAUCAGGUGGCCAAGAACUUUCGCAUCUCCCAGGCAGAUCUCUAUCAGAAUGGCAUCAAACUGCAGUCCAGCGGGUCGAAAUUCCUGUACAUAGACGAUGGUCCGUAUUGGCCCAGCUUGGAGCACUUGGUGGGGCACUUCAUGCGCUUCUCCUACGGCCUGCCGGUGAGCCUGAAGUACCCUGUGCCGCCGCAGCCGAAGCCGGAGGUGCCCUCGUUUGCCACCAUACCGCGUGCGACACACAAGCCACGCGACACUCGCAGCGAUCCCAAUGCAGGAUUGUCCCAUCAUCCAGGCACCAGUGCGAUGCACCAACAACAUGCUCAUGUGCCCGCUCUGACGAUAGCGAAGAAGAAACAGAAGGAGAACAGCAGCUCCAUAUUCAAUUCGCUGCGUCUGACCAGCCCCAAGAAGAGUCUCUUCGACAUGAACAGUCUGCGCAAGAGCAAAUCCAAGAACAAGCGCAGCGAUUCCGAGAGCAGCGUCGUCGGUGUCGUCCCUGAGGAGCUGCACGUGACAGCACCUAUGCUGAAGAAUCUCUCGUUCUCCACGGACUUUAGCAACUUUAAUGUGGACGAUGGCGAGCUGUAUAAUGUGCCGCGGAACAACACGCCCAUUGAACUACCGCCCAUUGCCCACAAGACUGACGCCGAAGUCGAGUAUUUCACGAAGAGCGAUGUGGCCAUUGAGAGGGAGCGUGCCGCCAAUGGAUGCCCAUAUUUGCCCACAAUGGACGUGCUUAUGCUGCUGGAUCAGCCGCUUAAGCAGCCGCCAAUAUCACGCCUUGACUCCAUGGUAUCCACUGGUUCCACGGAGAGUGAAAUGGCUGGUUAUCUGCAUAGCAAAUGCAGUGAGGGAGCAGCUGGAUCUGGACUCAAUAGUGCCGAUCUGGAGGCAGCCAAGCAGCGAUUCUUCAUUCAUCGCGAUCAACUGGAGCUGGACACGGAAAUUGGAGCCGGCGAAUUUGGAUCUGUGUACAAGGGUUGGCUGAGGCGGCCGAAUGCGCCGGAGAAUCGCCAAGAGGUUGCCAUCAAGACGCUGCGGGAUGGGGAGCAGCAGGCCAUAAACAAGCAGGAAUUUCUGCGCGAGGCAUCCGUCAUGAUGCGGCUGGAGCACAAGUGCAUUGUCCGUUUAAUUGGCAUUUCCAAGGGCGAUAUGCUGAUGAUGGUCCAGGAACUGGCGCCUCUAGGCUCCAUGCUCCAAUACAUAAUCGAUCAUAGUGAUGAGUUGAAGGUCAACUAUGAGCUGAAGCUCUGGGCUUCACAAAUUGCCUGUGGCAUGCAUUAUCUGGAAACACAGCAUUUUGUCCAUCGGGAUUUGGCAGCACGCAACAUUCUGUUGACCUCCCGGCAGCAGGCGAAGAUUAGUGACUUUGGCAUGUCGCGUUCCUUGAGCGCCGGCAGCGAUGAGUAUCAUUUCACCCAGGGAGGACGCUGGCCCAUACGUUGGUAUGCACCGGAGAGCUUCAACAAUGGCAUCUUCUCGCAUGCCAGCGAUGUUUGGUCAUUUGGUGUGACGCUCUGGGAGAUGUUUGCACUGGGCGCACCUCCCUACGGCGAUAAACUAAACGUGGAUGCCAUCGAGCUGGUAAACAAUGGACAUCGAUUGUCCCAACCCGAGAUCUGUCCAGCCUACAUUUAUGCGGUGAUGCACAGCUGCUGGAACCAUCAUCCCAAGGAGCGGCCAACCUUUGCCUACCUCAUGGAGUUCUUCAGCCGCGAUCCCGACUAUCAGAAUCUUCCAGAGCUGGUGCACUCGGUGCACAUCUAAAGCACCUGCUUCUCCCGUCUUCUCUAUCUGUAAUGUGCAAUUUCUCCUAAACUUACUUCAUGUAUUCAUUGUUGGCUUGGUUAAUUCCAAUUUCUAAUGUAUUAUUAUCUACCAUGUACCAUAAUAUCAAUUGUUUUUUAUCAAUGUGUCAAAUAGCGAACAAGUGUGCCUUACAUUAUAUUUGUUAUUAUUAUAACAAUUAAUCUUUAUUCAAUAAAUUUUGUAUACAUACUACAAAUGUA